CGCGGCCGCGCCGAGCGCCGAGCGCCGAGCUGGGGCCGGGCGGGCGCGCGCCGGGCACGGGCCGUUCCGGGGCGGCCUCGCGAUGGCCGAGGGCAGCGCCGUGUCGGACCCGCAGCACGCGGCGCGGCUGCUGCGCGCGCUCAGCUCCUUCCGCGAGGAGUCCCGCUUCUGCGACGCGCACCUGGUGCUGGACGGCGAGGAGAUCCCGGUGCAGAAGAACAUCCUGGCGGCCGCCAGCCCGUACAUCAGGACAAAGUUAAACUAUAACCCUCCAAAAGAUGAUGGAUCGACCUAUAAGAUCGAACUUGAAGGGAUAUCGGUGAUGGUCAUGAGAGAGAUUCUGGAUUACAUCUUCAGCGGGCAGAUCCGCCUGAACGAAGACACCAUCCAGGAUGUUGUCCAGGCUGCUGACCUGCUCCUGCUCACAGACCUGAAGACUCUGUGCUGCGAGUUCCUGGAGGGCUGCAUCGCCGCCGAGAACUGCAUCGGCAUCCGGGACUUCGCGCUCCAUUACUGCCUGCACCACGUCCACUACCUGGCCACCGAGUACCUGGAGACCCACUUCCGGGACGUCAGCAGCACCGAGGAGUUCCUUGAGCUGAAUCCACAGAAGCUAAAGGAAGUGAUUUCUCUGGAGAAGUUGAAUGUUGGCAAUGAGAAAUACGUAUUCGAGGCGGUGAUCCGAUGGAUAGCGCACGAUACGGAGAUCAGGAAGGUGCACAUGAAGGACGUCAUGUCGGCGCUGUGGGUCUCGGGGCUCGACUCCAGCUACUUGCGGGAGCAGAUGCUGAACGAGCCGCUGGUGCGGGAGAUCGUCAAGGAGUGCAGCAACAUCCCCCUGAGCCAGCCGCAGCAGGGCGAGGCCAUGCUGGCCAACUUCAAGCCCCGCGGCUACUCGGAGUGCAUCGUGACCGUGGGCGGGGAGGAGCGCGUCUCCCGGAAGCCCACGGCGGCCAUGCGGUGCAUGUGUCCCCUCUACGACCCGAACCGGCAGCUGUGGAUCGAGCUGGCGCCUCUGAGCAUGCCCAGGAUCAACCACGGCGUCCUCUCGGCAGAGGGAUUUUUGUUUGUAUUUGGGGGCCAAGAUGAGAAUAAGCAGACGCUGAGCUCAGGAGAAAAGUAUGACCCGGACGCGAACACCUGGACGGCCCUGCCCCCGAUGCACGAGGCGAGACACAACUUCGGAAUCGUAGAGAUCGACGGCAUGCUGUACGUCCUGGGCGGUGAGGACGGGGACCGGGAGCUCAUCUCCAUGGAGUGCUACGACAUCUACUCCAAGGCCUGGACCAAGCAGCCCGACCUGACCAUGGUCAGGAAGAUCGGCUGCUACGCCGCUAUGAAAAAGAAGAUCUACGCCAUGGGCGGAGGGUCGUACGGGAAGCUCUUUGAGUCUGUGGAGUGCUAUGACCCGCGGACCCAGCAGUGGACGGCCAUCUGCCCCCUGAAGGAGCGGAGAUUUGGAGCCGUGGCCUGCGGGGUCGCCAUGGAGCUGUACGUGUUCGGGGGUGUCCGGAGCCGCGAGGACAUCCAGGGCGGCGAGAUGGUGACCUGCAAGUCCGAGUUCUACCACGACGAGUUUAAAAGGUGGAUCUACCUGAACGACCAGAACCUCUGCAUCCCCGCCAGCUCCUCGUUUGUGUACGGGGCCGUGCCCAUCGGCGCCAGCAUCUACGUCAUCGGAGACCUGGACACGGGCACCAACUACGACUACGUGCGCGAGUUCAAGAGGAGCACGGGCACCUGGCACCACACCAAGCCGCUGCUGCCGUCCGACCUGCGACGCACAGGCUGCGCGGCCCUGCGCAUCGCCAACUGCAAGCUCUUCCGCCUGCAGCUGCAGCAGGGCCUGUUCCGGAUCCGGGUGCACUCGCCGUGACCGGGACCGGGCCGCAGCAGAGCCUGACCCAGUGCGCCGGGACACGCCGCCUCGGCACGGACAGAGGCGGCCGCCCGUGUACGGUACCGCCGCUGGCUGGCCCCGGCGCGCGUGCUUGGCCCUCGGUUCCUGUUGGGGAGGGCGCUGGGGAGGGGGCGGUGUGGCGACGGGCCCCGUCGACAGACAGAGGCUGGAAAACGUCCACCAAAGGCAAACGGAAGUGGGUCUCAGGCCAGGCCCCCAGUGGAGCCUUGUGGGUGCAGCCGCAGACCCUAGCCGUGGCCCGCAGCGCCACGAGGAGCCACACGUGCAGAUCAACAUGCCCAAACAUGCCUCGGUCGCUUCUCCCUGCUCCUGGAGGGACUCUGUGGGCUCGGUCCUGCCCGGCAGGCGCGGGUCUGUGUCCAGCGCGGCUGCCCAGACUCCGUGCCAGCCCGUCUCCAUCUGCCACUAGUGCUCUAAACCCUUCACACCAUCCCGGUGACCCGAGACCGAGCUCCGGUCUUCCUGUUGGAGCGUUCUGUCCUGGGGACCUGGAGGCGCAGCGGCUGACCCCGCCGGAAGGUCCCCCCCAUGGCGGAGGCUCCCCGGGGUGGCGCUCGGUGCCGGGAGGGUGUGCGCGUCACCGGCCUUUCUUUGCGACUGCUCGAAACCGUUUUCCUAAGGGGGAGGUAUUGGUGAGAAGCCCUGGGGUCUGCUGGGACCGAGACAGGACGCCCAGCCGAGAGGCAGAGGGAUCGAACGGGAGCUGCAGCGGCGCUGCGGGGGGUCGGGGGGCCUCCCCCACACACACACCCGAAAGCACACACAGUCUUGUUUACUACCGCUUUGGCUCUGAAACCCGGCCUUCGAGGCAAGCCUGCGAUAAGAAUCUAGUCUUUUGUAGAAUUUUUCUCAGUGUUGUUGACUAUUAAGAGUUUUAGACAAGUUAUGUUAUGAGUCAAGUUUGCCUGGUAGAGUCAACUACCUCAACUUAAUUUCCUUCUGUUCCUGGUAGAGCAAAGAGAACCUUUGCCCCCUCCCCUCCCCCCCUUUGUUGCCCCUCCCCAACCCUCCCACCCUCUUCCCCUGGGGGGGGAGAAGGACUGUUCCUGGUAGCACUUAGCAGAGAAAGUGCUUUGCUUCCCAGGCAAGUGGUAGCACCUUGGUGUGAAUUUCGGGAAUUCAAAGUACUUGAUUAAUGUUCCUUCAUUGGUUGACUUUUAUGCAAUAUCAGAUUUCUAAUGAAUUGAAGAAUUCUUUGUUUAUAAUUAUUUUCUAUAGAUUUUUUUCACUUAGGGUCUGGCUAUAAGAAGCAGCAUUUUAUCUUGAUGAUGAAUAAAUGUAUAAAUGUAUCCUUUGGUUCUACAUCUGAGAGGACUGGACGGGAAUGGCUUCUAAAAGCUUCCUGAGUGGACUGUCCGCGUGCUGCUCUGGGUGCCGGAGGCAGUGCCCGGCUCCUGCCGAGAGCAACCACAGAGCAGGGACCUGGCCCCUCGCUCGGGGGCCUGUUCCAAGGCCGAGUCCUGCAGGGUGCGGAAAGGCGCCUCACCUGGGGGUGCCAGGGAGGGGAUGUGGGGCACCGUCACGGCCCCAGGUCAGAGGCACUGGGCCAGGUGUGCGUGCCUGCAACCCCGUCACACAUGGUGGGGACUCGGGGAUACUUAUAUGGGCCCUGCCCUGGGGGCUGCACCCUCCCGGGGACCCCUGGGCACAGUUGGCAGGGCCAGCUGCGUGGCCACUGUGGACAAAGACGCUUUCUCUCUCCGGCCUAGUUUGCGAGGGAGGGAGUCUUCUCUGGCGGGCGCCUGGCUGCUGCCUCGGACCUUGUUCUCCUUACCCACAAGACUCAGUUCCCUCUGCCUCCACCAGGCCCCUCCGAGGAGGCUCUCGGUCCUUCAGGAGUGGACGGGUCCCCCUUGCAAUGUCCGCAGUGCCUGUGUGAGCCGGUCGGUCACUUUAGAAAACAGAGCAGUCUCUUUUUUUCAAUUCAGUUCCUGGACACUGUAGCUGCAGAAAUUAGGCGCUAUUUUCUAUUCCAAGCAGUUUGCCAGGAAAUAUGGGCUGCAGUAACCAACAAAAGCUGCUGAGUGCCAAACUGUUCUUUUACUGUACUUCAAUCUGAACGGAUGGUGUCGACAUGUUCUAGGGAGGGAUUUAAUUUUACUGUGUUACAAAAUGAACUAUGACCCUUGGGAAAUGACCCUCGUUUCAGUGUUGUGCAUAGAUGUUAAGCCCCUUCUGCAGGUUCGUGUUUUAACAUUCCGUGUAUGCCCUGAAACGUCUUUUAUUGAUGAAUUUUGGGGGGUCCUUCUCCUUCAGGCACUUUGACCAGAUGUAUUUAGAAUUAGUGGCUGAGGGCCUAUCUUAAAGUUGUUUUAAGUCUGAUUAUCUUUGGGGGAAGUGCAAUUCAUUUUCCUUAUCCCACCAACAGAAGGAAAAUUGUCUCAGGUUAGAGUAGGGGAAUAUUUCCAGGAUCUCUCCUCGGCUACAGUCUAGAGUGAGUUGUUUGUUUCUUCUCUUAACACAUCCAAAUAUAGAUUUUCUUUUCAGAGA